AUGUCUUCAACCCAGCAAGUGUGGCACACGGGGGUACCCCCACCCGACGUGGGCAGCCCCACAGCGGUGGUGCCCAUGAUGCCCCUGUCCCCUCCUGCCCCAGGCUCCCCCGAGGAUGGAUCGGAGAAGGUAUCGUCCCCGUUGGAAUGUUCCAUCUGCUUUACGGGCUACGAUAAUGUCUUCAAGACGCCGAAGGUCCUCUCUUGCACUCACGUCUUCUGCCUGGAGUGCUUGGCUCGUCUCAUGGCGGCCCAGCCGGCCGGGCAGGCGGAGGACACAAUCUCCUGCCCCCUCUGCCGCCAGGCCACACCCGUGCCGCUGACCGGGGUCCCCGCCUUGCGCACCAACCGAGAGCUGCUGGCCUCGCUGGCCCCACAUCUGCGCAGGGAGGAGCCCGUCUGGAUGGACGGGAGCAAACUCUGCUACAGACCCCCCUUGCCUCCCAGCACUUCCGGGCCCCCAGCCUGCAUCUGUUUGGAUGUGGCCAUGCACAAGCCGGAGGCCGUCCAUCUCCCUUCCCCUGCCCCGCCCCGGCGCAGAAGGUUCCUGGCCCGCUGCUCUUACUGCAGUGACUGGAAAAGGGUCGUUCUCAUCACAGUGCUGCUCGUCAUUCUCUUCUGUAUUGUCCUGUGGCCCGCGCAGUGCGCCCUCAAGACCGGCAACCUCCGCUGCUUCACCCACCCCCCUUCCUCCAUACUGUACCGGCCCACCCCCUCCCAAUUGCCCCUGAAUGAAAAUUAG